UCGGUGACCUCGCGUCAUAAAAUAAGGCACCUGCCACCUGACGUCACGGUUACGGUUGAGUCCCGCUACAGCACGCGUGACCUGCCGCGUGAACUCGCCUCGAACUUUUCUUAUCGCCACUAACGCGCGUGUCUAUCAGUCUGAAACUACGAGAUGAACGUUAUCAGACCUGCGCUCGCGGGGGGUAAGGAGCUCGAGGGCGUUUAACCACACCGAUGUGCAGUGCAGUGAGCUGUUGACGGGCUUUGAUCAGGCAGGUCUCUGUGGCUCCCUACCGUGAACACCGUUCGAGCCAUGUCGUCACCAGGAGGCCCCGUCCCACCGUUUACCACCCUGUCAAUCAGCCGUCCAGCCAAUCACAUCACGCACGUGGAGUUGCACCGCCCAGAGAAACGCAACGCCAUGAAUAAGGCUUUCUGGAGUUUUCCUUUCUGCAGUGAAAUGGUUGAUUGCUUUAACCAGAUUGCUGAAGACCCAGAGUGUCGUGUGGUGGUUUUCUCAGGGGCUGGGAAACUUUUUACCGCGGGGAUCGACCUGAUGAACAUGGCUGGGGACCUGCUGCAGCCUAAGGGCUCCGACACAGCCAGGAUAUCGUGGUACCUCCGCCGCAUCGUGGCCAAGUACCAGGAGACCUUCUCAGUCAUUGAAAAGUGUCCGAAGCCUGUGGUAGCGGCCGUGCAUGGAGCGUGUGUGGGAGCAGGAGUGGAUCUGAUCACAGCCUGUGACAUUCGUUUCUGUACGCAGGAUGCCUGGUUUCAGGUGAAGGAAGUGGACAUUGGCCUGGCGGCAGAUGUGGGAACUUUGCAGCGUCUGCCUAAAGUAAUUGGCAGUCGCAGCUUGGUGAAUGAGCUGGCCCUGACUGCUAGGAAGAUGUACUCAGAUGAAGCCAAGAGCUCUGGCUUGGUCAGCCGUGUGUUCCCGGACAAAGAGGCUCUCAUGGCCGGAGCUUUUGAGGUAGCAGGAGAGAUUGCAGCCCGGAGCCCCGUGGCCGUCCAGGGAACCAAAAUCAACCUGCUGUACUCCAGGGAUCACAGUGUGGCAGAGGGCCUCCAAUUUAUGGCCACAUGGAACAUGAGCAUGCUGCAAACCCACGACCUUAUGAAGUCCGCCCAGGCAGCCCUGGAGAAGAAGGGUCCUAAAGAUGUGCCCUUCUCCAAACUGUGAGGAGGAGACACACAUAACCAGGCUGCCGUAGCAUCCCCGGACCCAAACCUGUCCUCUUCUGUGUCUCCUGCUGCUCAGAAAUCGUUGAACUAGCUGGACAUAAAAGGAACUCCUCAGACUGUAUGGACUUCCCAAAAGUGUUUUGCAAUGUCUGGCCUAGUGCUGAAAUGAGAGCUGUAGGUCUUUUAAAUGAAUAACGAACUACCUGAAGCGAUAGCUGGGACUGGGUGUGUGCAGCAGCCUUAGACGCUGUCCUGACACUAAAGGCAGCGGAACUUGCCUGAUUCUAACGAGUCAAAAGCAUUUGUGUGUUCAUUUGUUUCAUCUAAUUUUGGCAUUAAACUUGUGCAUUAAGCUACCUUGGACAUAGUGUUCAUGUUCAAAAUAAAAUAUAAACUCAUCUUC